UAUUAUUCUUUACCAUCUUCGGGGUUUUUUUGUGUACUGGUCUUUUGUACACAGAAUAGACAGGAAUAAAAACUGUAGUGUCUGACUUGUUGCUAAGCAGUCAUAUAUUACUUUCUUAUGGAAAGACUGAUAGUCACGAUGGGGCCCUGAUAAUUAGCCUUCCCCUACCACCAGUUGCUAUUUAGUUUGCUAGUCAUUGCUUGCCUUCUGUGGAGGGAUGGAUAGUACCAAGACAGAAGACUAAGUACUUUUUUCCCCAAGUUUGGAAGGAAAAUUCAGGCCCUAGUUUGACAUUUAUUUAAGCUGAUAAGGCAACUGAAAAAAGAAUCCUACCUCCUUCCUCACCUUGGUGUUUUGCUACAUAAAUCACUGUAUGGUCAGACAGUGAGCUAGUGUGAAGUGAUCUAGCUGAAAAAUAACGUGCCCAAAUAGUGGGAACACCCCUUCCCUUCCCAAACAACUACUUCUGCUUCGCUCACAGCAAGCUGCAUAUCAUGGACUGAAACAAUCUAAAUGCUUCCUCCUAUAAAAAAAAAAGUAAGUUCUGUUCUCAGCCAUGCUUUUUCUCAUGCUACUGAAUUUGUACAUUUAUCUGACUCUUUACUGAGACAGAACCCUGCAACAAACACUGAAGAGUUUUCUGCCAGUUUCAUAAACUGAAUCAGUUCAUCAAGGUGUUUCAUGAGCUCCAGAGGAGGUGCGAGAAAUGGGCUGGGACUGUACAAUUGAGUGCUGCAAAGAGAGGAAAAAGCAGGGGAGGAAGCAAGCUGUUAGUGGUUUGGAGAAUGACCUCGUGCAGCUGUAAGACAGCUUGUGCUAGUACAAUAAAGGGGAUGAUACAGCUUCGUGAGUGAGUACACAGGGAGCCAGAACUGGGUCUUUUUUCUUCAUCAGCAAUGACAGCUUAAAUGCAAGUCAAACUACCAUUUUCUUCCAUUACGCUUCUGAUAGCUCAUCAGUCUGGCAUAGGCUUUAUCCAUAAAGUCUCAGGGUCAGCCCAGUGAAUGCUUUGCAGUACUCAGUAAUCUUGGAGAUUGUGAAGAGGAAUGAUGACUUUCUUUUUUCCCCUCUUUAGGUAUUUUAAAAGGUCCAGAACCUGGAUGGGAUCGGGGAGGGGGACUGACAGGAAGAUGGUCAAUGCUCAUUCCUUUGCAGAUAGUCCUCAGUAUUUUGUAGUGUGUUCUAAAAACACGCUGCAUUCAAAAAGAAGAAAAGGCUUUUCUUCUUUGCUCCCUGCUAUAUUGGAUUUAUAAUACCUUUCCUUCCAUUCCUUCAAUUUCUGUAGAAAUAGGCCUUGGAAGAAAAUACAAAACAUUACUGCCACUUAAAAGGAGCUGAAAGAGAUAGAUGCCAAAAAGAUUAUCAGAGCAAUGUUGUCUUAUGUGUGGCCCAAAGACAGACCAGACCUGCGAGCCAGAGUAGCCAUAUCUCUGGGGUUUUUAGCAAGUGCAAAGGCCAUGAAUAUAUUGGUUCCCUUCAUGUUUAAAUAUGCAGUAGACAGCCUCAACCAGGUAUCUGGAAACAUACUCAACCUGGAUGCUGCACCAAAUACAGUGGCAACUGUGGCGACUGCUGUUCUCAUUGGCUAUGGUAUCUCAAGAGCUGGGGCAGCGUUAUUUAAUGAAGCUAGAAAUGCAGUAUUUGGGAAAGUAGCUCAAAAUUCAAUCAGAAGGAUAGCAAAGAAUGUUUUUCUGCACCUUCAUAACCUGGAUUUGGCGUUCCAUCUAAGUAGGCAAACAGGAGCUCUGUCAAAAACCAUCGACAGAGGAACAAGAGGCAUCAGUUUUGUUCUUAGCGCUUUAGUAUUUAAUCUGGGACCGACAAUGUUUGAAGUGGCACUAGUUAGUGGAAUUCUGUAUUACAAAUGUGGUGCAGAGUUUGCUUUAGUAACUCUGGGGACACUAGGAGCCUAUGCAGCAUUCACGAUAGGAAUUACACAGUGGAGGACUAAGUUUCGAAUAGAAAUGAACAAAGCAGAUAAUGAUGCGGGUAAUGCUGCAAUUGACUCGCUACUAAAUUAUGAGACUGUGAAGUAUUUCAAUAAUGAAAAAUAUGAAGCCCAACGGUAUGAUCAGUUCUUGAAGACCUAUGAAAAUGCCUCCCUGAAGACUACCUCUACGUUAGCUCUCCUGAACUUUGGACAGAGUGCUAUAUUUAGCAUUGGCUUAACAGCCAUCAUGGUGCUUGCUAGCCAGGGCAUUAUUGCAGGCAGCCUUUCUGUUGGAGAUCUAGUAAUGGUGAAUGGAUUGCUGUUCCAGCUUUCUCUUCCCCUAAACUUCCUGGGAACAGUAUACAGAGAGACAAGACAAGCACUUAUAGAUAUGAAUACCUUGUUUACACUUCUCAGUGUAGAUACCAAAAUUAAAGACAAAGAGCUGGCUCCGCCCCUGCAGAUCACACCACAGACUGCUGCCAUCGCCUUUGAUAAUGUGCAUUUUGAAUACCUUGAGGGGCAGAAAGUCCUUGCUGGAGUGUCUUUUGAAGUCCCUGCAGGAAAGAAAGUGGCCAUUGUAGGAGGUAGUGGGUCAGGGAAAAGCACAAUUGUGAGAUUAUUAUUUCGUUUCUAUGAACCUCAGAAAGGAAAUAUUUACGUUGCUGGACAGAAUAUACAAGAUGUCAGUUUGGAAAGUCUGAGAAAGGCAAUAGGAGUUGUACCUCAGGAUGCUGUUCUCUUCCAUAACACUAUCUAUUACAAUCUGGUCUAUGGCAAUAUCGGUGCAACACCAGAAGAGGUGUAUGCAGUAGCAAAAUUGGCAGGAAUCCAUGAUGCCAUUCUUCGAAUGCCAAAUGGUUACAACACUCAGGUUGGUGAACGAGGACUCAAGCUCUCGGGAGGAGAAAAGCAAAGAGUUGCAAUUGCUAGAGCAAUGUUAAAGGAGCCACUUGUUUUUCUCUAUGAUGAAGCCACAUCAUCUUUAGAUUCAAUUACAGAAGAGAAUAUUCUCAGUGCCAUGAGGGACAUGGUGAAACACCGAACAUCGGUUUUCAUUGCCCACAGGUUGUCAACAGUAGUUGAUGCAGAUGAAAUCAUUGUGCUGGAUCAGGGUAAAGUUGUGGAACGUGGUAGACAUGCAGACCUCCUUGCAAGUCCUAACAAUCUCUAUUAUGAAAUGUGGCAUACACAGAGCAGCAAAGUACUAAAUAAUCAUAACAAUCCAAAUUGGGAAGAGAGAAAUAAUCGGAUGUCCAAAGAGGAGGAGAGGAAGAAACUAGAAGAAGAAAUUAUUAAUAGUGUGAAAGGCUGUGGAAACUGUUCAUGCUAAGUAUGAUCCUGGAUUAAUCUUCUGAACAGGUUAAAAAUGCACAAGAUGACAAUGAAGUGCAGCUCUUGUUUUUAAGUCAGCAUUCAAAAACUUCCUGGGUUUUGCAGUUUUUGGGUUUUACAGUUUCUCAGAGGGACAUAAUUUCAACCAAAGGAGUUCUAUUUUUACAUCAUUAGAAAACUCUAAUAUUCAGUGGCAUCUGCAAGAGCUGAGCUUUUUCAAAAACUUUAAACAUCUCAACUAAGAGUGUAAUUUAUGGCAAUUUUUAGGCAUUGGUAAAUUCUGGUAGUCGCUUGAGGUGGAUUAUUAAAUUGUAAACAGAUUUGUCAUUGAUUUACGUUAUUUCUCACCAUUAAUGGUUGAUAAAUAUGUCAUGUUUUAAUUGUAAUUGGGCUAAUUUGAACUCAUUUGCUAGUGAGGAAGAUGCAAUUUAAAUUCUUCAGUGGUAUUCUGGUUUAAAAUGUUCUUCCUUCUAAAGAAUAAGAAAAGCCUCAACAACGUAUUAGAGGCUUCUAGCAGCAAACUAAAUAUUGGAAUUAUCCAUCUCGCCCUUCAAAAACACCUUUCAUACUGGACUAUCGGGAAAUCUCUUGGUAUUACUCUAAAAGAAAGCUAACAGUAUUUUUAAGAGCUGGCAAAAAUCUGGAAUUGACAAAAUAUUGUGUGACUUUACAGAAAACAUACAAAAUGUUGUAUGUAAAUAUGAAGACUCGGAAGUUUCCCUUAAAUGAAAAAAUCCGAGUUCAGGAUUCUGUAUCCUGAACAUCUGCUGUAGUAGUGAAAGCAGAAUGCAGUCACUUUUUCUAUUUCAGUCAUGGUCUUAGGGAGCAAUUAAGAUUCAAUAAAGACUUCCAUAAAUUUC